GCUUUCCUGGAAUCUGUAGUUAUUUAUUCAGCGGUACAUUUGGUGGUCCACACCACUAUCAACCACAUGCACCCCGGGGCUACCUCAUGUUAAACAGGUUGAAGAUGUACCAUAACAGAAAUGCGACAUUUCUUCUCUUGUUGUGUACAAUGUUUUUAACAUGGAGGACAUGUCACGGAGGUAAGAUUUUGAUCGUCCCUUUAGAGGGCAGCCACUGGGUGAACAUGGACAUCAUGAUCAAAGCUCUGCACUCUGAAGGACACUCGGUUGAUGUUGUACGAACAAAUCAAAGCUGGUACAUUAAGGACGGCUUCCCACACUACAAGACAAUCACUGUCUCUGUCGCUGAAGCCUUCAACCACGACUUCGUCAAACCGAUUCUGAAAAAGAUCUUUCACAUUGAGAGGGGGGGGAGCUCUUUUUGGACCUUUGCAAGUUUGCUGUUGGAGAUGUUUGAUGCCAUGUACAACAUACACAGAAUAACCUGCAAUAUGGCAAUGAGCAUGUUCAAAGAUGAAGACUUGAUGAGUAGGUUGAAGGAGCGCGACUAUGACUUGGUCUUCACUGACCCUGCAUGGGGUGCAGGUGUAAUGUUGGCUCAUGCUCUGAAGCUUCCUCUGGUUUAUAACGUGCGAUGGAUCACAAGUGGAGAGGGACAUAUGGCAAUUGCACCUUCUCCUUUAUCUUACAUCCCAAUGACUGGAUCAGGACUGUCAGACAAAAUGAGUUUUAAACAAAGAUUUCAAAAUCUUCUUUUCUACUUCAUUUGGCAAAUACAGGAUGGAUUCCUAGUCAACCCUCAGUAUCAGGCUGUUUGUGAUGAAUUUUUUGGCUCGGAGGUCAGAUUUAGAGACCUAUUACAGGAAGCAGACCUGUGGCUCAUGAGAGUGGACUUUGUCUUUGAGUUCCCUCGUCCCACCAUGCCUAAUGUCAUCUACAUGGGAGGGUUUCAGUGUAAACCUGCAAAACCACUUCCUGAAGACCUGGAGGAGUUUGUGCAGAGUUCUGGAGAGCAUGGAGUCAUUAUUAUGUCUAUGGGGACUUUUGUAAGUGAACUUCCUGAUGACAUGACAAAUGAAAUUGCCUCAGCUUUUGCUAAAUUGCCUCAGAAAGUCAUCUGGAGACAUAAAGGUGAAAAACCAAAAUCUUUAGGUGACAACACUUUGCUGGUCGACUGGAUGCCGCAGAAUGAUCUUUUAGGGCAUCCCAAGAUAAAACUAUUCGUGGCGCACGGAGGAACAAAUGGAGUUCAAGAAGCCAUUUAUCAUGGAGUCCCUGUUGUGGGUCUGCCUUUGUUUUUUGACCAAUAUGACAACCUGCUGCGUCUCAAAGAGAGAGGAGCCGCUAAGAUUCUUACCUUAGCUACUGUGGACAAAGAUGACAACUUCCUGAAGACCAUUCAGGAAGUCCUGAAUGAGCCCUCAUACAGGAUGAACAUGCAGAGACUCUCCAGGCUGCACAGAGAUACUCCCAUAAAGCCUCUGGAUAGCGCCCUCUUCUGGAUAGAGUUUGUCAUGAGACACAAAGGUGCAGCUCAUCUGAGAACAGAGUCCUACAAGCUACCCUGGUAUUCCUACUACUCUGUUGAUGUCUUUGUGUUCCUGGCUGGAGCUUUGCUUCUCAUACUAAUAACUGCUUUCAUGUUAAUUAGGUGUUUAUGCACUACCAGGAGUAAAAAUAAAAUGAAACGUGACUAAUCAUUCAAAGGCUAUACACAUUACAUCUAUAAAAACAAGACCAUGCCCUUAGCAUGGAGCCAAUUUUAGAAUUAAUUCAAGGCGAUAUAGGCUACCAAAUCAUGCCAAAGAAAAAGAUACAACAGCAAGACACUAAACGGUAUCCUUCUAUUUGUAGAACUAGCUGCAGGAACAAUACAGAGAGGUUAUGUAAUUCAUUAUUUCUCACUACAAUUUAUUAUAUCUUUCAUCUCACCAUCUACACAAAAAAAGAAACAAAGCUUCCACUUAAUUCCCCUACUGCACCUCAGGGUCCUCAGCAGCCAUUGGUACAGUACAGGAGUUAAGGUUUGAUUGCAUAUGCAAAACUCCUACAAAGACCAGGAAUAUGUUCUUUUUUCCAAUGCAGAUGUUUCAAAACAUGUUACAAGAAGGGAUAGGCAAAACCCCUUCUAAAGGGGAUGGGAAACCCUGUGUGUAGAUUCUGGUUAGGCUGGCUCUGUGAGCACUGAGGUGCUCUUUAGAAGAGACCUUUAAAUUAGACCUCUGAUUAGGUUUUCAUAGCUUGUAGUCCUGAUUUUACUUGUUACGUAAAAUGACCUUGUUCGCUCAGACUGAAAAAAUACCAAAGAAAAACUUUUGAGAAAGGUAUGUGAAUUUUCAGCUUAUCUGAGUAAAGCUGUUAAAAUGGCUCUUAAGCUUUAAG